AUGGCGAAACGAGUGACAUUGUUCGAACCCCCGCCACUGGAUGAAUCCAAGGCGCCGAUCGAAAACGUUUUGGAGUUGACCCCAGUUGUUGACAUCGGCCCCGAUGUCUUCACCAACACCCGCCCGCUCUGGCAUCCCCCCGGCGCCCGCGGCAUCUUCGGCGGCGCCGCCAUCGCCCAGUCCCUCUCGGCCGCAAUGCGAACGGUACCGACCGAUUUCGCCGUCCACAGCAUGCACUGCUACUUCGUUCUAGCGGGCGACUCCGAAAUCCCCAUCCUGUACCACGUCGAGCGAGUCCGCGACGGCCGCAGCUUCAUCACACGCACCGUGCAAGCCCGGCAGCGCGGCCGACCCAUCUUCACAACAACCCUGAGCUUCAGCCGGGCCAACAGUGGCGGCAAGAAGCGCCUCGAGCACGCCACGCCCAAGCCGAGCCUCGCCGAUCCCGCCGAAGGAACCCGAGCCUCGCUGGAGGAUAGCCGGGGGCCGUUCGAGACACACAAGGCGGGGACCGUCAACCGCGACUCGCCCAACCCCGAGGACAAGCGCGUGCGACGGUUCGCGCGGGCCCGCGGCCGCAUCUCCGAGGCGGGCGGGCACCAAGCGCACCUCUCCGCGCUGGCAUACAUCACCGACAGCUACUUCAUCGGGACGGUGGCGCGGGUGCAGAACAUCCCGCGGUUCUCGUCGCCGGCGGAGCUGCGGCGGGCGCUGCAGGCGCUCAAGAACCCGUCCGACCUGGACGACGAGGACAUCGCGCGGGCGAUCAAGGAGCUGAAGGAGGAGGAGGCGGCCGAUCUGCGGCGGCGGCUGGAGGGGGCGCUGAGCGAGGCGACAAACCAAAAAAGCCAAGAUCGGAAGGAGGUCGGGAUGAUGGUUAGUCUGGACCAUUCGAUCUACUUCCACAAUCCGUGGGCGUUCCGGGCGGACGAGUGGAUGCUCAUGGAGAUGGAGAGCCCGUGGGCGGGCGAGGGCCGGGGGCUGGCGAUCCAGAAGAUCUGGUCGCGGGAUGGGACGCUGAUUGCCACUUGCACACAGGAGGGAGUGGUGCGAUUAAAGCAGGACGAGCCUCCUCGUUCGAAGAUCUAG